AUGUAUCAGAAGAAAAUGCGUGUUGCUGUUUUUUGGCGAUGUGUCGUGUAUACUCAAUUCGGUACAUUUUGUUGCUCAGCUUGCUGUUUCUUUUUUUCUUUCUGCACAUUCAAACAGAGGCAGGAGCAGUCCACGCUCGCCGUACUUUGUUUUUUACGAGAGCAUCUUUUUAAUGAACGCACGAAUGACAGAGCGGGGUUACACCUUGGUUUUUCAUCGUGGUGUCGUAGCUCUUUUUUCCUCGAGAGUGGGUGGGAUUCAGCUUUCGCUGUGGUUUCUGAUUUUAUUUUUUUUUUUAUUUCUUUUUGA